UAGAGCAGGGAAUAGCAAUGCCUAUUGGAUAAAUGCAAAGUGUCAGCUAGCGUUCUGCAUGCAGACAAGCAAACAACAGAAUUCAAGACCUAUUAGAGAAAUAGAGAACAGAUUGAAGAUUUGAGACUUAUACUUUUAAUGUUUAACAAUUAAAGUAAAUUGAGUAAAAAGAAGUUAACAUAAUUUCUUCUGUACUUACGUUUUACAGCAGAGCAGGUCUAGCAAGAGCCGUGGGCCAAAGAUGCGCAGUAGCCUAGAGGUCAGAUGUAGGAGUGGGGGUAGCAGCCGGCUCAGUUCACUGCUGUCAGGCGUUGGAGUCGUGUCGUUCCGUUGUGCUGACAUCUAGCGUUCACGUGGCCGUGCUGUUGUUGUUACAAAUGGCUUCUCACAAUACAACUGCUGAGCCUUGCAGUACAGAAGAAGAAUUAAUACAUCGAGUAAAGCAGUUAUUGUUAGUUCCGGCUAAUGUGGAAACAGCAGUCAAUCAUCUAUUUGAUAUGUUGGUAGAAGACAUUUUGUUGGGUAUUGUGUUUGAAGUUCAUGAAGUUAUUCGACAGGGUGGAAUACCAGUAACAUCUGAAGAGGAAAUGAAAGCGUUCGCUAUAGUCGAGAACACAGAGACAGAUAUAUUUGGACAGCCUUAUGUUAAAAAAUCACAAGAGUGUUGUUGUCCAUCUUGUAAUCGUCCACUGUCAGCUUCCAGGUUCGCUCCUCACUUAGAGAAAUGUCUCGGCAUGGGUCGUAAUAGUUCAAGAAUUGCUAGUAAGAGAAUUGCGAGUAACUGUAAGGAAAAUGCUUACGGUGGUAUUAGUGAUGAUGACGAUGAAGACUGGGUUGCAGGCCAGGAGAAAUCAAAAUUAAAUAAAAAAGUAGAUAGCAAGAAGAAGAGGGAUAAAAAUGGGGUCAGGAAAAACAAAACUCAAAAAGUUACUAAUGAUAAAAAUCAUUCAGGAAAAGUCUCUGAAGAUUAUAACCAAAAUACAAAGUAUGAUGGUUUAGAAACAAAAAACUAAUAAUUACAGCCAUUUGUCAGGAUUUUAAAGAAUCCAAUCUUUGUGUAUUCUUUGAUGCUGAGAAUGCUAUUUUAUACCUCAAAUACAGUUAAACUGCACUAAGGGUAGAAUAAGUUAUAUUUAAAUACCAAGUUCGGUAUAAUGUGAUUUGAGAGUCUGUGGUAAAGUGGCUAAAAGUACAGAACUUUGAACCCCAGGGUGAGAUACCAUUGUACAAAUCCUUCUUACAUCUAUCUGACUGACUUAGCUGUCCACCUCAUUCAUGCUGCAUUGACUCUACCUUUUAUUCUGUUUGACAAGAUUAAGAGCACACAUUAGUCUUGAAGACAUAAAAUAAUGCUGAUCAGCCUCUCCAAUGUUUUCAAGAUUGUAAUGUACACUGUAAAAUGCUGUACAGUAAACUUUAUGAAUGUAUAUUUUAAAACUGAUCUUGAAUUUUCUAAACUCCAUGUUUAAAAAUUAUGCAACUAUUAAAUGUUUUUUAUAUACUUUUGCAGUGUAAAAAUAUGUACGUAAGAAAGUUAUGUAAACAAAUAAUGAAAGGUAUUUAGAGAAUUUAGCUCUUGACUAUGAGAACCAAAAAACAAAUAUUUUGAAAAAAUUAAAAUACGAUGAUGCAAGUUUAAUUUCAGCUGAAGCAAUGUAUAGUUGAAAUUGAUGAGUGUAACAAAUAAAACAUUUAUCUUUUUAA